GGCGCGCUGGGCGGCCGCCGAGCAGACGCCCGGACUUCAAGCGGCGAGCUCCGGUCUCCAGCCAUGGUCCCCGCUCCGCCCCCCGCCGCCUCCUUCUCACCCGCCGAGGUCCAGCGGCGCCUGGCGGCCGGUGCCUGCUGGGUCCGCCGCGGGGCCCGCCUCUACGACCUCACCGGCUUCGUGCGGCACCAUCCUGGGGGCGAGCAGCUGCUGCGAUCGCGGGCGGGUCAGGACAUCAGCGCCGACUUGGACGGACCACCGCACAGACACUCGGACAACGCACGCCGCUGGCUGGAGCAGUUCUACGUGGGCGAGCUGCGAGGGGACCUGCAGGGUUCCUUGGAGAAUGUGACUCUGGCCUCUGUGGAAACUCAGAAGACAGACCCUGCUAUCGAACCAAGAUUCAAAGAGGUGGAUUGGGACAAGGACCUGGUAGACUGGCAGAAGCCUCUCCUGUGGCAGGUGGGCCACUUGGGAGAAAAGUAUGAUGAGUGGGUCCACCAGCCUGUGACCAGGCCCAUUCGCCUCUUUCACUCAGACCUUGCCGAGGCCCUCUCCAAGACUGCCUGGUAUUGUGUGCCCAUCAUCUGGGUGCCCCUGAUGCUGUACCUCAGCUGGUCCUACUACCGAACUCUUGCCCAAGGCAACGUCCGCCUCUUCACAUCGUUCACAACAGAGUACUCAGUGGCUGUGCCUGAGUCUGUGUUCCCCGGCCUGUUUGUGCUGGGGAUGUUCCUCUGGAGCCUCAUCGAGUACCUCAUCCACCGCUUCCUGUUCCACAUGAAGCCUCCCAGCAACAGCUAUUACCUCAUCACGCUGCAUUUCGUCAUGCACGGCCAGCACCACAAGGCACCCUUCGAUGGCUCCCGCCUGGUCUUCCCCCCAGUGCCAGCUUCUCUGGUGGUCGCCUUCUUCUACAUGGUCCUGCGGCUCAUCCUGCCUGAGGCAGUGGGAGGCACUCUGUUUGUUGGUGGUCUCCUGGGCUACAUCGUGUAUGACAUGACCCAUUACUACCUGCACUUCGGCUCUCCACACAAGGGCUCCUACCUGUACAGAAUGAAGGCCCACCAUGUGAAGCAUCACUUUGCACACCAGAAGUCAGGAUUUGGCAUCAGCACUAAAUUGUGGGAUUACUUUUUCCGCACACUCAUCCCAGAGGAAGCCCACCCAAAGACGCAGUGACAGCUCCUCCCAGCUCCUCCAUUCUGCCCUCAGCCUGGCUGUGGCCCCGCCCCCACCCUCCAUCCAGACCCUGCUAAGAAGGUUGGUUUGGCCAGGCAGGAUGGGCUUUGCUGGGCCCUGGGUAGAGGGUACCAAGGAGACCCUGAGGCAGGACUGCCCUCCCGGCUCACCAUGGGAGGAUCAUGGCCUCUUGAUGGCCAGGUGGCCCUCAGGGACUGGCUCCUUCCCAGAGCAUCCUGGCCUUUCCACUGGCAUCCUGGCUCAGCCUCAGCCCAUAAGACUGCUUCAGAGCCUAACCAACAGCCCCAAGGGGCAUGAAGAAAACUGACCCCUGGGGCCAGAUCUGGGCCCCCUCUGUGCCUUAGCACCUUGGGCUCCCUGGGAGCCGCCUCGAGCGGUGGAGGGACCAGUGUCACAGCAGGGGCAGGGUGGUGGGGCCUGCCGCUCUGCCUGCCCCUCCUGCACUUCCUGAAGAGGGUUGGAUGGCUCUGAGGUGAAUGAAGGGCUCUCACAAGAAGAGACAGCAUGAUGCCUCCCACAGGCCUCCUUGGGCCCCAGGGCAGCCCAUCUAGCCCCUACCACCACAAAUGGCUGCUCACACAGCCGGCCCUCCCCUGUCUGUGCAGAAGCCUAGGGUGUCUGGCCUCUGCCUCGAGCCGGGCAGGUGCCCUGGCCCCUGUCUUUGGGAAUCACCAGCUGCUCUAGCCAUCUCUCCUCUGGCCCCAGAGCCACAAAACUUCUUCCCCAGGGAGGCUGAAGAGGCCCUUCCACUGGUGGCCCACCCCAGCCCCAGCCAUUCUUGGCCUCCAACCUGGCACAAGUGGGCCCCUGUGACCCCACUCAGGACCCGCCCAGCCAGUGCCUCCUGAAGCCAAGGAGGAGCCUUCGUGUGGUGCCUUAUCUCCCGCCCCACAUCCCACACCCUGCAGAUGAGGCUCCAUCCAGACUUCCUUGUAACCAAAAUCCUCACUGCUCCUGAGAGGGUCUUAUUUAUAAAUGAUAGAACUGUCCUCAGUCUGGCCACAGACCAAGCAGGUAGUCAGACAGCCCUGUCUAAUCCUACAUGUCGAACUCAUGUAAAAAUCGCUUUGCCCUGUUUUUGGCCCCUUCUCACCCACAGACCAUUACUACUUGAAACUUGUUAAAAACUCGAUGCGUGUAAAGGCUAAAGAGAAGCAGUUCGACCGAUCCUGUGAUUUGUACUGUUUA